UUGGCGGGAGAUGCAAGAAGUCAGGAAGUGAGCUCUAGCAGACUUGUUGUUGUGUAGUUUUGUCGACGCAAACACGACGUUAUAACAGAGGAGCAAGGAUACGCACAAACAACAUUUCUAAGAAUGGGUGACAAUAACCCUGUGCAGACAAAGGACUGGGAGAACACUAAAGAGGCGGUUGCAAACUUCCGACAACUGCUACUUUGUUCCAAAUGCUCCAAUUUAAUGAAGGAGCCCGUGUGCCUUGGAAUGUGUGAACAUAUGCUGUGCAGGGCCUGCGCUGGCUCUCAGGCAGGAGAUGGCUGCGUGGUGUGUCACAGCCCUGCGUGGGUGAAGGACAUCCAAAUCAACAGGCAGCUCAGUAGCAUCAUACAUCUCUUCAGUGGUUUGGAGUCCUUGCUCGGUCUCAUAAAACAACCAGAUCCCUCUGUCACAGAGACUGAAACACAGCCUCAGAGUCCUAUCUUGAAACACAAGAAGAACUUCAAGAUAUGGUUCAGUCCCCGCAGCCGCAAGGUACGCUGCGCUGCGAGUCCUUCAGACGGCACUGUACCGUCAACCGGGUCUUCGGGAAAAACAGCUGAGACACAGCAAGGCACCCUUCCAGCACAACACCAGGACCUGUCAAUUUUCAAUUUUGCCUCGUCCUCCCAAGAUUCUGGCUCUCCGUCUCAGAAAUGCAGCAAUGAAAAUGGAAACAGAAAGAAGAAGGCAACUAAGAAAAUUGCUUGCAACAGGAGGGGCGUGGCGCAAGGAGCCGCUAGGAACACACGUAAACAGACCAAGCAAAAUAUAAAGAACAAGAGGCUUCAAGCCAUAAACCAGCAAUGGGGCAUUGCAGAGGAGGAACAAGCCUCAUCGGAGACGGAGCAGCCUUGUGCUGACGGGGCAAGAAGGUCCAGUAAAAGGGUUUCUUUCCUAAGCCCUACUGUCACGUCUGACGAGCCUCAACCCAAAAUGCCACAGGGGAGUGCUAAUGAACUGAGUCCUGCCAGGAGCACAAUGAGAGAGAGUCUCUCAGGAGGCAGCAUCACUGUUCAGAAUGACCAAACUCAGCCCAGUCAGAGCAUAUCCAACAGUGUUGUUCAGCAUGACAAACUGUCUGCAAGUGACCCCAACCCAAGUGACAGCCCCAGAAAAAUACAGGACAACAUUUCUUCCCCAGAGCAUUCCUCAAAAAGAUCCAGAGAGGGGGAGAAAAACUGCACCUUGGAAAGCACACCGAAAAGACCAAGGGCAUCUCCUGGUCGAAAGAGAAAAAUUUAUGGUCAGAUGUCCCCAGCUGUACUUAACCCUCCCUCUUUGACCAGCCCCAGGUGUAACAAGAUCCGCAAAAACUCCAGAGAAGAGGAAGGACUGAGCCCCUCUCUCCGUGCCGUUGCAUCACCAGAAAGCCGCAGAAGCUCCCCCUCUACUCCCGGUGCAUCUGUUGGGCGCUCCAGCCCAGGAACUCCUGCAGUUAAGAAGAGAAACCACAAGGGAGAGACCCUACUGCAUCUAGCUGCAAUAAAGGGAGAUGCAGAGGCUGUCAAAGAGCUGUUGGACGAAGGGGCAGACCCGAACCUGAAGGACAACGCUGGGUGGACACCUCUGCAUGAGGCAUGUAACCUGGGUCACCUGGCUGUUGUGGAAGUGUUGGUCUCGAGGGGAGCCCUGUUGAACACGCCUGGCUAUGAAAACGACUCUCCACUUCAUGAUGCUGUGAGGAAUGGACACUCAGCCAUCGUAAAACUGCUACUGAAGCUCGGCGCUUCACAGAACGUACUUAAUCUGUUUGGAAAGCGGCCUGCAGAUUAUGCAGUGAGCGCGGAGAUGCUGGAGAUUUUCCGAGAAGCGUCAGAAGGAGCUCAAAAUGCUGAUUCUCAUCCAUCUCAUAGCCCCUCAGCUAGGCUCUCUGUGUCUCAGGUUAGUGACUGUGUGAGGAGGGAUCAGGUCGUGGUGUUUCUGUCCACCAAGCUGUCGCGACCACAGCAGCGUCAACUGGCCAAGCUGGGGGGGCUACUGGGAGGAAGAAUGGCGGCCACCUUUUCUGGUGCAGUGAGCCAUGUUGUGGUGCCAGAAGGACAAAUGCCCACCACCUACUCUACCCUCCUGGGUGUCCUCGCUGGCUGCUGGGUUGUCAGAUACAGCUGGGUGGAGGCAUGUCUGCAGGCGGGGAAGUGGGUGCCUGAAGCUGAGCAUGAAGCGGGAGAAGGCCCCCAGCGCAGUCGCAUCAACAGAUGGAGCUUGCUUCCACCGCUCUUCGAUGGCUGCUUCUUCUUCCUCCUCGGCUCCUUCAAGGCACCGACAAAAGACGAGCUCGCCAAGCUGCUGCGCGAAGGAGGAGGUCAACUCCUGAGCCGGCAGCCCAAGCCAGACAGCGACGUGACGCAAACCCUGAGUGCAGCGGCCUACCACGCCCUGCAAGGCUCUGACCAGGCCCUCUGCACGCAGUACAUCAUCUUUGACCCCCAGGGGGCUUACAAGCCUGCUGUGGUCAGACGAGGUAAGGUGUGGUCAGCUCCUUCCACCUGGCUCAUCGACUGCAUCGCGGCCUUCUCCCUUCUCCCUGUGCCGGACCCCCACGUUUCAGCCUAACUGUUUCUUUUUUUUCCCUAUAUUGAACAAUAAUUUUGCAUCAAGAGUUCACUUACCCCGAAGCGUGGUGAUAAUGGGCUUUUAAAUCUCUGGGGAUUAAGAUGAUUGUUAACAGAAAUCACAUGGAAAAAAAUAAAACAAUAAUGUCGUUCGGUUUUAAUGCUCUGUGCUUAAAGUCUGAAAUGAAAGUGGCAAUCCACACGCCUGCUGUUUGUUUGUGUACAGCAACAAUCAUUAGUUGAUUUCUCCAAGGGAUCGCAAGAUAUUAUGACAUGAUUAACUGUACAAGAAAGCAGAGGAAAUAAAGUCUUUCUCCACGUAUUUGUGUUUUUAUCAUGGGACACUUUUUUUUUCUGAACGCUGCUGUUUUGUUUAGGCAUUUAUAAUCCAAACACUCAAUCAUUUGAAGUUUAGAAGGCACAUGUAGGAGCCAAUAAUUAGGAGAAACCUACUUGGAUUCUAAAAUAAAGUACAUAGCUUCCAGUUCUACAGGUUCCUUCAUUUUACGUAGGCUGAAGUUUUCCCCUUCAUUGCAGGUUAAAGAACUUCAUACAUCCGUUCAUUCUCUGCCACUUCCCCAAAUUAGGGUCAAGUUAGCUUCAGGCUAAGUACAAUUUCCACUCUUACCCCAUUGAUGUCUUUCAGUUCUUCCUAGGGAAACUCGCAGCAUUUCCAAGAGAAUUUGUAUCGUAUAAAAUCCAUCCAACUUUUUCUGGGUCACCAUUGAGUUUAACUUGCCCGGAAAACAUCCACAGGGAGAUCGUGAGGAAUAAUUCUAAUGAGACGCCCCAAACCACUUUAACCGACUGACCUUUUAAUGCGAAGGAACAGCCCUUCCACUCCAGAUUCCCACCCAACUCACGCUGCAAACGAAACCGACGACUGUCGGUGAUGGUCGGAAGUUUGAUUGACUUAAAUUAGAUUGAAUUGGACGGUAAUUUUCUCCCACUCAAAACAAAAUUCGUCAGCAACCUCCCGUCCGUUGGUCGUCCACUUAUUUUGUGCACUUUCAUCUGUUGAUCCAAAUUUCUAGUUCGUUUUGGAGUUUGAUUCCGUGUCAUGUGUUCGUCACAGUGACAUCAAAUUGCUGUGCGCUGCAGUGUCUGCUGAGCUGCUUUGGAGUGAAAUUACAGUCCACGAAAUGCAUGAGUUUACAGGAAAAGAUAAUUACCUAAAUGAGAAUGUCUGUUUGAUACCAACAGAGACAGUGGGCCCCCCGAAAAAGACUGAUGGAAAUUCAAUAUUAAGUGUAGAAUAGGAAAACAACACAAUUAAUUGUUGCUUCACAGCGCUGGCACUUG